AUGCUGGGACGUUUCAAGAGCUUUGCGCCGAAGGCAGGGUAUGUCGACGUAUGCAGACGCGUCCAUGAGUACAUUGAGUACUACAUCAGACAGGCUCUCACAGCCCCCUCACUGAAACAGACGCCUCAGGAGUACGAUGAGCCACAAAAAGGCCAGCGCAGUAUGGUUCAAGGCUUAGCAGCGCAGACAGAUGACAUGGACUUCAUCCGGAGUCAGAUUCUACAAGGCAUGCUGGCUGCGCAGGAGACGAUCUCGGUGCUGGUCUCCAAUACCAUGUUUCUAAUGGCUCGACAUCCGUCCGAAUGGGCAGAGCUUCGGACGGAAGUCUUGAGCUACGGUGAAGAUCUCUUCAACUUUCACAGAUUGUCUGUUUUCAAGCCUCUUCAGAACAUCUUAAACGAAGCUCUUCGGAUUUACCCAGUGUUCCCAAUGCUAGGUCGGACCUGCCUCCAAGAUACUACGUUGCCUGUCGGAGGGGGCAAGAACCAAGAUCAACCGAUCUACGUUGCCAAGGGAACAUUUGUUGUGACGAGCUAUAUUGCAAUGCACAUGAAUGACAAGGUGUUUGGGAAGAGCCCAGAGCAGUUUCGACCGACCCGUUGGAACGAGAUUCGCCCCUCGCAGUGGGAGUACAUGCCGUUUGGAGGAGGCGAACGAGCCUGCCUUGGGAGAGAGAAAGUAUUGGCCGAAGCGGCGUAUGUUGUCGCCCGUUUGGCGCAGACCUUUACAAGGGUAGAGUCUCGGGACGAUAGACCUUGGAAAGAAGUAGUCAGGAUGACGGCGAAGAACGCGAACGGUUGCCAGGUUGGUUUGUUCAGAGGGUAA